CCCUCUACCGCUUUCUCCCCACCUGUCUGCUUUGUCAAUUUCCUCAAGCCCACCCGCUUUCAACCGAAUUUGACAAAGGAGGCUGACAGCUGAUGAAUUUUCCCUUAGCUACGACGUGCGUGCGUGCGUGCGUUGAUUGUGUGUCACAAGAUUUGAUGAGUGCACAAAUGGCCCUACCGCCAUUGCCGGUCUUCGGUCUCUGGCUGCGCUCCUCUCCGCUUCGGCGAAUUUGCAAGACAACGUGGGUGAGCCAAGCAGAUUCAGGGCACAAAGAAUGCUUACGCUAAUAGUCCGUGGGCGGGCUGAUCUACGGCCACGCGAGAACCACCCAUGCGAGAUCGACCAACCCUGGCUGGCUCGCUCGCUGGCUCUGGUAGCAGCUGUCAAAAGCCGGGGCGUGCGGCAGGCAGAGGAGGUUCAGCUGUCAGCCGCCCACUGGGGCUUCUACAUUGCUCAUGUAAGCCAGCCAGGCACUUUGUUCCGCUCCGCUCCGCACGACGGAGGGCGUCUCAGGUUCUUUGGUAAGCAUGCAGAUUGUCAGAGGCAGGGCCAAGAAGAAACCGGGCCCCUCGCGACUUCGCUUCGCGUGGAGGUGCACGGACAAUUGCACCCCUUCCCCCGGCCAGCUCGCACAGCAGUGAGUCAGACCCUGAUCAUGGCCGCACAGACAACCGGCCAGGCAGAGCAGAGCUGGGUAGCUGAAAGCUCCUCUUCCACCUUCUGGCAGUCGCGACGUGACCCAAUUCAGACAUUCUGCUGCCACCAGUCAAUGUGCACCGUGAGCAUGUGUGUGUGAGCUUUCUGGGCCGUGCGGAUAGGACAGGCGUGACAGUGACCGAAAUAGGCGAGCUACUUGGCGGGGUGGGUCUUGCUUGGUCCGUGUACGCGUGGUCUGUGGCUCUCUCUCUCUCGCUCUCUCUGUGAGUGUGUGUCACCCGCCGCUGUGCUA